GUAAAUCAAAUUUCAAACAUUUUCUGCUCUUCAGAGGAAGAUUCUAGUUUUGUCUCUGAAUCUGGCCUUUCAGAAGGCUUACAAUGUCACUUCCAGCAAAGAGAUGUGGAAGGCCCCCAGUGUUGUCUUUUCUGGAAAAGAAAAAGAGAAAGCAAAGUCUUGAUAGGAGAAGGGGGAAGACAAGGAUUUAUGUGGGCAAUCACAUUGACCGGUGGUUGACACUUAAGGAAAAGCUGGAUUUCAGAAAUGAUGCGGAAGUUGCAGGGUUUUUACUGGACUUGUAUGACAGCUGUGACCCACUGUCAAAAUCUCCGAUCUGUUCCCUCCCUGAGGGCACGAGAAGAAUUACUGUGAAAGAAGAAAGAGCAUUGUCAGGCAGCACUUCCUUAAUAGCAGCUGAUGGAACGUAUGACAAUGGUGAGCAGUUGUCUAAAGCAUCUGCUUGUUCUGAACUUGGAGAUGUGAGAAUUGUAACCGUGAAAGAAGAGAGAGAGAUGCCACGUGACUGCUUGUCAAUAGAGACAGAUGACACCUGUACUUUCAGGUUUCCCAGCACAAACAUCAAGAUAACAUUCACAGCUCUGGCCAAUGAAAAGAGAGAAAAACAGGAGGCCCCGGAGUCCCCAGUGAAGCCUGUGCAACCCCAGAUCUCUCCCUUAACAAUAAACAUUCCAGACAACAUGGCUCACCUGAUCAGCCCUCUGCCUUCUCCCACAGGAACUAUCAGUGCUGCAAAUUCCUGCCCAUCUAGCCCCCGUGGUGCAGGCUCUUCAGGGUACAAAAUGAGUCGUGUAAUACCAUCUGACCUACAUUUAAUGGCUGACAAUUCACAGUCAGAAAAUGACAAGGAAGCAUCGGGUGGAGAUAGCCCAAAGGACGACUCUAAGCCACCUUACUCCUAUGCACAGUUAAUAGUACAAGCAAUUACAAUGGCACCUGAUAAGCAGCUUACACUAAAUGGAAUUUAUACGCACAUAACUAAAAACUAUCCAUACUACAGGACAGCAGACAAGGGCUGGCAGAAUUCAAUACGUCACAAUCUCUCUCUGAAUCGUUAUUUCAUCAAAGUACCACGUUCCCAGGAAGAACCAGGCAAAGGCUCAUUCUGGAGGAUAGACCCUGCCUCUGAAAGCAAAUUAAUAGAGCAGGCUUUUAGGAAAAGGCGGCCUAGGGGAGUACCUUGCUUUAGAACCCCUCUGGGACCACUCUCUUCUAGAAGUGCCCCAGCUUCUCCUAAUCACUCUGGAGUGUUGUCUGCACACUCCAGUGGAGUCCAGACCCCCGAGAGUCUGUCCAGGGAAGGAUCUCCAGUCCCAAUGGAACCUGAGCCUACUGCUAUCCAGCCAAAACUAGCGGUAAUACAAGAAGCGCGAUUUGCACAGAGUGCCCCAGGAUCACCUCUAUCUAGCCAACCAGUUCUAAUUACUGUACAACGGCAGCUACCACAAACUAUUAAACCCGUCACCUACACUGUUGCAACUCCUGUGACAACAUCGACAUCCCAGCAGCCUGUAGUUCAGACAGUGCAUGUUGUCCACCAGAUACCAGCUGUGUCUGUCACAAAUGUGACUGGAUUAGCACCAGCAAACACUUAUACUGUAGCUGGACAGGCAGUAGUCACGCAAGCUGCGAUGGUAACCCAGCCCAAGGUAGAACCUCAAGAGAAUGGAGAUCACAAGGAAGUAAAAGUUAAAGUGGAGCCUAUACCUGCUAUUAGUCAUGCUACAAUAGGAGCUGCUAGUCGUAUCAUUCAGACAUCUCAGACCACACCCUUACAGACAGUUACUAUAGUGCAACAGGCACCUCUAGGUCAACACCAGCUACCAAUAAAAACUGUAACGCAGAAUGGAACGCACAUAGUACCUAUCACCACUGCGAUACAAGGACAGGGCAACGCUGCUGCUGCGAGUCCUUUGCAUAUGUUAGCAACCCAUGCAUCUGCAUCGGCAUCUCUUCCAACAAAGCGCCAGAACGGAGACCAGUCAGAACAGCAGGAACUCAAACGUAUCAAAACAGAAGAUGGAGAGAGCAUAGUCAUAGCUGUUAACGUGGACACCCCGUCUGUGGCAGUGAGUGAUAAAGGCAGCCAGAACUAGAAACUUAGGGGAGUUUUCUUUUUUUUUUUUAAAAAAAUAAACUCCAUGGUGCCAAAAGGAGACGCUUAAAUAUAACACCUAAAAUGUUGGAACAUGUUCUCACGCAGUGGGGAAAGGGGCCCUGUGAUCAGACUUCAACUUUCAGCACUGAAAAAACCCAACACAGGUGGCCUUAAAACUUGGUAAUUUAAAGUCAAACUGCAAAACAUCUUGUUCCAGAGGCUGUGACCCCCGCUCCUCCCUGCCCCCUACUGAACUGUGUACGCUGAGAAGUACAGUGUUGGGGAGGGCUGCAGCUUUAAAAAAAUCUUUAUCAGAUUAUUUUAAGGACUGAGUAUCUCAGUGUAACGGCAGCAUGAUAAGCGCUUAGUGUGAACUGGUUUCAAACGAUUGUAUAUUCCUUAAAGGGAACAGAGGCAAGGAGCCAUUUCCUACAUCUUGGCAGCUAGCCUUUCAUAAUGACCUACCCGAUGCAGUUGUUGGUAGAUAUGCAGUAUUUUGUUGUUCACAUGUGGAAUUAGAAAUUUUUGAGGUGUAUUUUCAUUUCUUUGCAAAAUAAUGGGGUCUUUGACAUUUCAAAUCACUCCAUUUCUACUCCGGAAACUUUGGAAUCACACAAUACUUUUCAUGUGAAAUUUUGUUUGGUAAAAAACUGAAUGUAGGGUUUUUUUAACCAAUGGAAUGAUUUACUUUUGUCUGUCCUGUUAAAGUUCAGAUAAAGCUACUUUAUUACAUCUGCAAAUUUUCAUAUUUUAGCAGUUGCCUGAUAAAUUUAAUCAAAUUUUAUUACCAUGUGUAGUGAUCAAAUGCUUCUUUGGGCUUGCAUGUAACUGAUUAGAAAUUACAAUGUAAAUGAGCCGUUAACUGACGUAAAGAACUGCUAUGAAUUUGACCAGAGCUGCACUUAUCUGUUUCUCUUUCUGCUACCUUUUGCUGUUUGUUACUUUGUGUUGACUUUGACUGUCCCUGGCAUAUUUUUCCAGUCUAAAGUAAAACAAGAGUCUCGCUUAAUAUUGUGUAUGUUUAAGAUAACAGACUGUUCUUCAUUUAGAAAGAUAAAAUUCUUUAUCACAAGUCCUUUUAAAAAGAGAGUAAAAUUAUCUUGUCAGAGGUAUAUUCGAUAUUUUUAAGCUUAAGCACCCAUCAGUAGAAAUUAAUCUGACCAGUCUCUCCGUAACACUUUUGAUGUCAUACACUGACCUUUUGGGGUCUCCAUUAAGAGUAGCUGUUGUGGUUUUCUAACAGUGGCUACCAUAUUAUUAUAAUAAUUUUUUUUUUAAGUGUGUGUUCUGCAGUUGAACAUUUUAAAACGUAUUGGUAAUUUCUCACUUUAAUUGUGGUAAUAGAUUCCACUUUACAUUUCAAAAUUAAAUUUAAACGUAAGGCUGCUGUUCAGUCUUUAAUUCACAUAACGUCUUAUUUCCUCAUGCAGUAAGGUGAGUGAAAGCUAGAUAGUGGGCUUAAUUUGAAUCUGAUUUUUGUCAUUUUCUGUAAUAAUGAUGCAUUAUUUAUAUUUCCUUUUCCACUACAAAAGGAAAAACUGUAUUUUCAUGAUGGGACUGAACAGUUUGGAGUGGUUUAUUUAGGCAGCUUUUGGGAACUAUUUACCUAAAGACCAAAUAUGAGAAAUCUGUACAAGUUUUGUGUUCAUCCACAAAAUGGAACUGUUACAAUGUCUCUGCAGAUAAUGCAUAUUAAAAAACUAUGAAAAAAAACUCUACACAAGCUGAAUUUAUAACAGGCAUUUAAAAAAAAAGCAUAACCUGAAAAGAAACAUUUCUGUAAAAUUGCAACUUUUUCUUUAGAGGUUUUAAAAAUAAAAAAAGUAAAGUUUUAACAUACUUUUUUUAAGAAAAAAAAAAUCCAGUACUAGUAAUUUAAUUUGGUGUUGAAUGAAUUGACUAGAAUGUGGUUUAUUUUCAGAAGUGAGAAUCUGUUCACAACUAGG